GAGACUGUCUUCUUUUUGGGGGAAAAUAAUGAUAAUCGCUUUGUUAAAUUAAUAUAUUUGAACAAUAUAUAAUAUAUCAAAUCACAUCGGAAUUUCGAAAUAAAGAUUGACGAGGAUGUUCAGUUCGUUGAGGCUGGCAACGAUGCGCUCGCACAAAAGCCGAGCUAGGCCCGGAAGCGUCGCCACAUCCGCGAGUUCAGACUCAACGAGAACGGAGGAGACGCUCACGCAGACCCAGUACCAUCCUCACAGCUUUUUACUGCCGGAUGACCAAGAGACGAAUAUUAUCGGCGCGUUAUCGCCGCUUUCCGGCGUCUCGUCGAAGGUCGCGCAGGUACGAGUGGAGCGCGAAGACGGUAGCCUCGGUGUAACCCUCCGUGGAGGGAUGUCGAGGGCUUUGGUGGUGACGGGGGUGAAAGCGGACGGUCCGGCCGCCAAAGAGGGUAGAGUCAGGCCCGGUGACCGGUUGCUGGCGGUGGACGACACCGAGUUGCGGGGACUCACCUUGGCGGAAGCGCAACGCGCGCUUAGAAGGAGCUCAGACACUCCGAUUGCGUCUCUUACCAUCGAGUAUGACGUCGCGAACAUGGAGGAGGCACGGGCGGCUACUUCGGGUCCGUUGCUCGUUCAAUUGGAACGUGGCCUCUCAGGAGAGCUUGGUUUAACUGUAAGAGAGACAUCAAAUGGAGUCUACAUCGACAGCCUUCGUCCAGCGAGUACGGCGGAUCGGUGUGGUGCAUUGCAGGCAGGGGAUCGACUGUUAGCUGUGGACGACACGCCUGUUCAGGAUGCAAUAACCGCCGCCAAACUGCUUAGAAAUAAUUCUGAAAGUUGUCGCAUUGCUAGACUGCAGAUAUUACCGCGACCACCUAGUGCGAGAACGGUCAAAAGGAAGGCGCAGCCACAGGCCCAGCAAAACUCAAAUCAGACUUUGCAGAUGAAAGAGAGCUUGACGCUCGUUCUACGGCCGGAUCAUCGGGGUUUCGGUCUUGCCCUCAAAUUGGCCGAAGAUCACGUGAAUUAUAUAGUGAGCCUGCUGGAAGCUGGUGGUCCGGCGGAACGGAGCGGUAUCCUUUUGCCUGGCGACAAGGCCAUCGCGAUCAACCGGAGAAUGUUACGCGAUUUACAACCGUCAGAAGUAAUCAAUAUAUUAGAGACAUCGCAGAUGAUCGAGUUGGUGAUAGAAUACAAAGUGGGUGGAUCUGUAGUGCCGAGUUCCGGAAUCUUCACGGUGAGAGUGGCUAGGCCAUUAGGCGGCCAGCCUGAUCUGGGUCUCACAGUAAACGAAGAUCUAGUAAUCACAGAGGUCCGUCGAGGAUCGCUCGCUUAUCGAACUGGCAGUUUAGCGUCUGGAGACAGAUUGCUUGCAAUAGAUGGGCAGAAACUGGAUCCCGGAGACUUGAGGCAAGCCGCUCAAUUGUUGCAUCGGCCCGGCGGAUCAGUAGUUGCUUUAACUAUUAGAAAGCCGGAUCCUAAUACGGAAAUAAGAGAUUAUUGCACAGAGCCCAGCAUAAGAAGCGAUACAGUCCAGGCGCAAUUUCCGAAUGGUGUGUUACGUUCAGGCAGAGAGAGUCUUCCUAGCGUGGACAGCGCAGUGGAUUCUUGGGGUGAGCUGGGAGACAGUAGUGGUACCAUGCCGGAAAUAUUGAGACUUUGGGAUACCGCCUCUACGGACAGUGGACAAUUAGAUUUAUCAAUACCAUCUUAUCCGGGGGCACAAGAACGCAACAGUGGUUCUAACAGGUCUCAACAAAUAGUACAUGUGUCACUUCAUAAAGACCCAGUCUAUGAAGAUUUUGGCUUCUCGGUAUCGGAUGGCCUUUAUGAACGUGGCGUUUACAUAAAUCGUUUGCGACCUGGGGGACCAUGCGAUGGCAUUUUGCGGCCGUACGACAGAAUUCUCCGAGUAAAUGAAACUAGCACGGAAGACUGCGAUUGUUGUUUGGCGGUUCCGCUUAUUGCAGCAGCGGGACUGUGUUUAGAUCUAACGGUAGCGAGACCAUUAUCUCCGCAAAACAUCGUGAAAACUUUGUAGAUUGCUAUAACAAUCACCACCUGCGAUUAAACUAUUAGUAUCAUUGCAAUCCAAUUCAAUUUCAGUUAAUAGCCUAGAUAUUUCAGAAUAUUUCAGAAUUCGUUCUUAACUGUAAUAGUUCUUAUAGCGGAUAUAUUUUUUUAGAGAUUAAUGAGAAUAAACGUGGAUGCUAUUGAUACUGAUAGCUGCAUUCUUAGAAUGCGAUUGUAAUUUUAUGUAUGAGCGCUGGCUCGAAUAUUAAAUGUUUUCAAUAUAUUUUUGUACACAUGUGUAUUUUAUUUAUAAAAAUAAAUGUAUAGAUUGAUUUUCUCUGCUAGAACAAUUUCUCCUACGUACAAUUCCAUUCGCAUGCACGCACACAUACUCUCCACACAUAACCCACGAAUAUGGGUCUGCACUCUGCAUAUCAU